GGUACACAGUAAAGCGUGGCUGCAGCUCCUCCCCCGACCUGAAUGAAGACAAGCUAGGCAGUCCUCCGCUGUUGCUAACUAAACUGCGGAACUACAGCGGCGGUACAGUCCGUUGCUCGUCGUUUGUAGCUGGAAGUUGAUAUACAGCGUUCACACGAAGGCCUCUCUUAUCCAUCACUACUCUGAGUAGCUUAUCGACUGCAGCUAAGAUAGCUAACGAGAACCGUCACAAGUUUGUAGUUAAGUUAAUGUUGGCUAGUUGCGUCGUUUGACAGCUAACGCUAACAAGCUAGUCUAAUUGGUAUUCGACGUCAGUUUCAAAACAAAGCCCGCAAAACCGUGAAGUUGAGACUCAGCUGUCACCUCCAGAAAAGCCUGCUGCAAGACAAGCUAGCUAGGUUUAAGUUUGUCAGCCCACCGAAGAUAAAUUGCGCUAUUCAGCUGCUGUUUAAAACACUCAGUUAAUGCCCAAUCAACGUUAUUUCGCUGACGGUAAGGCCAAUUUAAAGAAGCUGUCAGCAGGUUUGGCUGUGACGCGUUUGAACUUAUAACUAAUCCAGCGUUCAGCUAAGUGCUUCUGCCGAUAUAAUCAGGUUCAGGAUUUCUUUGAAGCUUGGAUUUAAAUGUCCGAAAAGAGUUCAUCGUCCGGUUCGGAUGAGGAUGUGGACCCGGAAUCCGGGCAGCCUGUGGAGUUCGGAGGCGUUUUAAGCAAGUGGACAAAUUACAUACACGGAUGGCAGGACCGAUGGGUCGUGUUGAAAAACAAUACUUUGAGCUACUACAAGUCGGAGGAUGAACGGGAGUACGGCUGCAGGGGGUCUCUGUGCCUCAGCAAGGCUGUCAUCACACCUCAUGAGUUUGACGAGUGUCGUUUUGACAUCAGCGUGAACGACAGCGUUUGGUACCUCAGAGCUGAAGAUCCCGAGCAUAGACUCCAGUGGAUAGAGUCAAUAGAGCUGCACAAGGCCGAGUCUGGUUAUGGUUCAGAAACCAGUCUCAGGCGUCAUGGUUCCAUGUUGUCUCUCACCUCAGCAGCCAGUGCCUUGUCUGCUACAUCCACAUCCUCCUUCAAGAAGGGGCACAGGUUGCGUGAGAAGCUAGCAGAAAUGGAGACCUUCCGGGACAUUCUGUGCAGACAAGUGGACACACUGCAGAAAUACUUUGACUCCUGUGCUGAUGCUGUCUCCAAAGAUGAAUUUCAGAGAGACGGAGGCUAA